AUGAGCAAUAAUUUCUUAUCCAAGAUAGACCUUCAACAAAGUUUGGCUUACAAAUAUUCUCAAUAAGACACCUACUUUUAUACAAAGUCUUUGAAUGAAUACAUCGAAAAUGCUAGAUUACCACAUGUGAUUAAUUUUCAUUAUGAGACUAAUUGUAAUGAGCAAAGUGAAUAUUUAAGAAGAACAUACGAUAUUCAUGAAAUCGCUACAAAACUCACAUUAUUAACUGAAUAUUAUAAAUACCAUAAUGAGAUUCCAAGAUGCUUCUUACUUAAGUUGGCUGACAUAAUGAGCAAGUAAAUAUAAGAGCUUAAUUAUUAUAGUUAUCACGAUAAGAAAAGGAGGAUUGAAUAUUUUAGAAUCAAGAGAAUGAUUGAAAAAGAGAACAAAUCAAAUCCAAAUUAACCUAAAAAGAAAAUCGUAGGAGAAGAACCAGAUGACACAGCUACAUAAAAAUCUGGGAGACAAUAUAGUAAUUUCUUGACUGAUAUUACUGAGGUCUCAAGGACAAUUGAUAAAAUACAAACUAAACUCAAUUCCAUUAAAUUAAAUGUGGGUGAUCUCUAAUUAAUGCCUUCAAAUCGAGAAUAAGAUUAAUUAGAUAAGUUUCUUAAAUAUCUUGAUGAAAAGAAAUAAAAAAAAAAGAUGCACAUCAUUUAAACUCCUAACUCAGUAUCUCUAAAAUUGCCCAUUGCAUUAUCAUAAAGAACAAUCAAGCAAGUCUUAUCAAGAAAGAUGAUUACACAAUAAUCUACAUAAAUUUCUUAAUAAACAAUCAAUACCAAUAAAUCAACCAAUAAAUCAACCAAAUAAUAAUCCCUAUAUUAAUAACCAUCUUAAUUUCAAUCUUCACCAAGAAUCAAUAUCAAGUCCCUACCAAAACAAAUAGGCUCGUUUACUCAAAGAACAGUCAAAGAAAACGCCUUAUCUAAGUUGUUAUCUCCUUUAUAAAUCCAGAUCUUUAAUACAAAUAGUUAACAUUCUAAUAAAUGCAAAACCAGUAUUUCAAUAUCUAAAUAAUUUAAAAUUACUGAUUCUGUAAAAUCUUCAAUAAGAUUGCAUUAACACACAAAAUCUGAUUUUAAAUUCUUUAAAAAAUUAUGA